CGGCGGCGGCUGCGCAGCCUGGAGGAGCUCCCCUGGCUGGGGAGGCUGCACACUUUCUACCAGCUGUUCGUGCAAGGCUAUGUUCUGCGACUGCACGAGCUCCAGGUGCUGAACAAGGCCAAAUAUGGUCCAAUAUGGAUAAACUCUGUGGGGCCUCACAGCUUCGUGAACCUGGCCAGUGCCUCACUCAUAGAACAAGCAAUGCGGCAGGAGGACAAGCAUCCUAUAAGAGACUACAUGGAUCUAUGGAAGGAGCACCGGGAUGUUCAAGGCCUGGCCUAUGGGGUCUUCACCACAAAUGGAGAAAGCUGGUACCACCUGCGCCAGGUUCUGAACCAGCGGCUAUUGAAGCCAGCGGAGGCCGCACUUUAUACAGAUGUUGUAAAUGAGGUGAUCGAUGACUUUACAGCUCGACUGGACCAGAUACGGGCAGAGAGUCCCUCCAGGGAUCUAGUACCUGACAUGGCUCAACUCUUCUACCACUUUGCCUUGGAAGCCAUUUGCUACAUCUUGUUCGAAAAACGGAUUGGCUGCCUGGAGCCAUCCAUUCCUGCCGACACUGCGAAUUUCAUUAGAUCUGUUGGGAUCAUGUUCCAGAACUCAGUCUAUUGCACCUAUCUUCCCAAGUGGACUCGUCCCCUACUGCCUUUCUGGAGACGAUAUCUGGAUGGCUGGAACACCAUCUUCUCCUUUGGGAAGAAGUUCAUUGAUGAGAAAGUUCAGGAGAUAGAAGCUGAACUACAGGCAAGCAGGCCAGAUGGGGUCCAGGUGUCUGGCUGCCUACACUUCCUGCUGACCAAGGGUCUGCUCAAUCCUCAGGAGGCCCUAGGCAGCCUGCCUGAGCUGCUCCUCGCUGGGGUUGACACGUCAUCCAACACGCUGACGUGGGCCUUGUACCACCUUUCAAAGAACCCAGAGAUCCAGGCGGAGUUGUACAAGGAGGUGGCAGGGUUGGUGCCCGCUGGGAAGACACCCCAGCGCAAGGACAUUGCCCACAUGCCCUUGCUCAAGGCUGUGAUUAAGGAGACCCUGCGGCUCUACCCUGUGAUCCCCACAAAUGCUCGGAUCGUGAUGGACAACGAAAUUGAAAUUGAUGGCUUCAUCUUCCCCAAGAAUACCCAGUUUGUGUUCUGUCACUAUGUGGUAUCCCGAGACCCCAGUGUCUUCUCUGAGCCUGAGAGCUUCCGCCCUCACCGCUGGCUGAGGAAGUGUGAGUCUAAUGCGCCCAGUGUCCAACAUCCAUUUGGCUCUGUGCCCUUUGGCUAUGGUGUCCGGGCCUGUCUGGGCCGCAGGAUUGCAGAGCUGGAGAUGCAGCUGAUGUUGUCAAGGCUGAUACAGCGAUACGAGGUGGUCCUACCUCCUGAGACUGGGGAGGUGAAGAGUGUAGCCCGCAUUGUCCUGGUUCCCAAUAAGAAGGUGGGCCUACGCUUCCUGCAGAGACAGAGCUGAGAGCUGAGAGCCUUGUCCCAGAAGCCCCAGCUCUGGCACAGCUGCCAGACUUGACAGACUGGAGAAACUUAAAUUCUCUUCUCACAGAACUCUUUGGUUUUAUGGGCUCAACCAUUUGCGCACGCAGCUCCUGCUUAGAUAAAAGGUUAUCUCUUAUUCCAUCUCUGUCCUCAGUAUAAUAUAAAAUAAGAAGAUGUCUAGUAAUCAUGAAGGGGGUCAUUAAUCAUUGGUUUUCUUUUUGAUCACUCAACAUCUGUAUUCUUUUCUGAGUUUGAGGAACACAUUUCUGCACCUAGCAAUCAUGAUGAAAGACCUUGCUGUAUCCCUCCGUGGAGUCUUAAGAAUACCAUGUAUGGGCUGGGAAGGUGGCUCAGUGGUAGAGCGCUUGCCUUGCAUGCAUGAGGCCCUGGGUUUG